AAGCGAAACCUGCCAGUCCGUCUGGUGACUUUCGAGCGAGCGGUUUGCGUUUGAAUCGCGCUCCCGUUUCCGCGCGACUUCAGGAUCUUGUCAUUUUGGCUUUUGUACUGAUUCUACGCUACAGUGACCCGAAAGACUUCUAAGCAGUUCUCGGAUAACCUACAAGUGUGAUUGGAGAAUAUUCACGGUGCUCCAGUUUCAGUGCUGCACGCGGCGGGGACCUUAAGUCACAUGGCUUAUGUAACGUGACUCCCAUGCGCGCAGUGACCGUAUCGGUUCAAUCAAGCUGACGAAUAAGAAGAAUCGAAAGAAAUAUUUUGACUUGAAGUAAGUGACCCCAGAAGGUGUAAAUUUCCCUUAAAUAUACGGCUGAGUCCGCAGAAAUCAGUGCGCAUUUUUGUUGUAUUUUUUUUUCGUUUUUUGGCUCUCUGACCGGGCUUGUUUUUAUUGUGUUGAUUCUUCUACUCCACGAACAGGCCCCGGUCGGUUUCGAUUUGGCUGAUGGUGGUUUCAUCUUUAGCGACGCAACCCAAAGAUUCGAGCAAGAAGUGCAAACACGGCGGAGAAGGUUCAGGAAGAUAAAAAACAAGUUUCAUCAUUAUGUGAAGUGAACUGUAGUUUUAUUUUAUUUUUUUUUUGGUUCAACACUGACGAAGAGCCAAGAAGGUGGGCAAGUACAAGAAGUGUGGAUUGUGAUUAUUUGAGCUGUUGCUGUUGUUAUUGUUGUAUUUGCUGUUGAUACCCGGAGAAGCGGGUGUCCAGGCACGGAUAAGCCUACUCACCGGCGUUCUCUCGAAGUAACUCCAAACUGAAGAUGCUUCGCCACCAACCUCCACAUGGAAUAUGCUAAUGAGAAUCGGCAAGUCCAUAAAUUAUGCCUCGGUAAAGACGGAUGUUGUUCUGAAGUACGUACAACGUGUUUGCUUUUGCGUGGUGGUAGUGCAUCACUAGAAAAGGAUUGAAAAACGAAAGUUGUGAAACAGUUUCGGUGCAGUUACAGUGAUCGGAUGAGGUGUUGUUGCUGGGAGAAUCACGCCGGUGUAACUCAGCCUUGACGAAUGAUUAGCUUGCGAAAACAAAAAAAAAACUCGCGUACAAUAGUGACAAAUUGUCGGUGGAAAAUGCUUAACCCGUUGCUUUCAUCCUAAACGAUUGGCGUCGCUUCCUGUCGGAGGUGGUCUUACAUGCAGAAGCUGUAGCGGACGAGUAUGCAGUUGCUGUGAAGUUCAUCGCUAACGAUCGAUUGUGUGUUAAUUGCCCGAUUAAUUGUGCGAAAAAAUGUAUCAACAAGUGUUAAUAAAUAAAAUGUAUGGUUAGGACAAAAGAGUACUACUGAUUUGAUGUAAUGCAAGGAAAGACGCAAUCAACAAGUGACCCCUAUUAACAGAUAUUCGCUCGAAGCAUUUCCAGUAUUAGAAAUAAAUCAGCGAUUCCGGCGUAAAUACUUCCAGCUGGCUGGUGGAAAUAAUUUUCCUCGCGUGCCGGCACCGAUCAGUAACGAAAGUAAAACAGUUGCAAUAGCAGUGUUCAUCGCGGGAGCGAGAAGCCCCCCGGAGCAGCAGGUUAUUUUGCAGCUGAUCUUGAAAAUAAUUAACCUUUAUCGCGAAGGGCCGGUCCACAUUCGCGCGUGAAAGUAAACCGCACGCGCGUGAGCCCAUAAACAAGUGACUCGCAGUGACCUGGAAAACCUUCGCGCAACCCAUAAUUGCUGGCAUAUGGUGGUGGAAAGUGUCGGAGCUUGAAGCAGAAAAUCAGUUCUUAUGAUCGUUCCGGGCAGAAGUGGAGCAUCUCCGGCAGCACCCGUUCGAAGACUGCGCAUCCAGUCACGUCAACAUGAGUACAAAUUCACCCGGAACGCCGAAGAAGUGUCGGCUCAUACUGCAGCAAUGUCUGGCGAUACAGCUCACCAAACCGGGCAAUCCGCCGGAGGAUUUCUGGAUGUACGAUAGCGGUUAUACGAUAUUUCAGAAUUUUCUCUCGGCAAACCUGCAGUGCUGGUGGAAUGCUCCGCUGGCGGCCGCCACGAAAGUUCUGAAAUACCUCGGCCACAUUUCGCCCGGAAUGCUGCUGAUAACGGCCGAACCGUGCGCUCUCGAAAUCAUCCGAAGUGCCUACGCGCGGAGCGUCCUCAAACCACCGGCCACAUAUCUGAUCAAUUCCGUAGGUGACAUUGACGAUUGCAUCGUGACGCCAAUAGUGCAAACACAGUUCACACCACUUACCGAGGCACUGUGUGAUGUCAUUAUGGAACUAACGGCUCAAGGUCAAUCGGCUACUAUCGAAAAUAUUCGAUCGCGACUCCGGACGAGAUUUACGCACAUGCAGCAACCUUCGGUGGAGAUGAUCUACGAUACGCUUGUGCAGCUCAUGCAAGAGAUCAAAAUUUAUCAAACCUCGAAGGGAUAUUUUAUCGUCACGCCCGAAAAACGACGUAGCAAAUCCAAGCCGAUCGAUUAUGGCUUUACAAGCGAAGACAGUACACCACCCCAGAAGGAUUCAAAAACGCUGCUGAUGAGCAGCCACGAGGCGUUACGCAGUUUGUACGGCGAGAUCUCGACCGAACGCGAUGGCGACCAGACGCAUCAGUGCAUUCAAACCAAUCUGGCAGAUGUUAUCUGCGGUGGAAAUCCGAACGAUAAAAUCCUAUAUCCACGAAGCAGCAUCAGUAAGCAGCGCAGUUCCUCAUUGGCUGGCAGUCACAAAACAUUGGAAAGACGUCACAGCUUACGAAUAUUUGGCUCUUCAAAGCGACUACAGCGAUCUGCAUCUACUCGGAGCCUUUCGAAGAACUACGCCCAAACAAUCUCGAAGGACAACAGCAACCCUCCUUUGGCAACCAGUUCCAGCUCAGACAACCAAUCCAAUUGUGAUACAAAGAAACAAGCAUCUUCACAAUCUCUUCUGUCCAGGAUCUUCAGGCGAAGCACUCGUUCGAAGAGCAAAACCAAACAGAUUGAGACGUACUCUGCGCAGUUUCCACCUCCCGAGUGGUUCAAUUCUAAAACGACACAUCUUCACAGUGUUGGCACGCAGACUGUGGAUUACUUAGACAUCCCGGUAAAAUCUCGAAUGAUGAACUCAACAUUCUACGAUAGCUCUGACGUAAGUCAGCGAUCGCUGUCGCUACCGAGACGACGUCAUCAUCGCCGUAACCUGUCCAGCGAGUCGACGUUCUUCAUAUCAUCGCGUGACUGUUCACCGGUUCGUCGAGGAAAGUCACCUUCCUACUACUGCGGAAGUUUACCGCGUUCCAUCCACUCUACGCCUGCCAGUUCUGGAUAUUACAAAGUGUCCCGAGGCAAGCAACUAUCGUCGGCAGACAAAUUACACUGCAACAGUCAGAAUAAGAUCGAAAACAAAACUAGUCGAGUCGGUAGUGGUCCGUCCAGUAUCGACAGUGGUAAGAUGACCUACAUAACCUCUGGACCGUCCAGCUUCGACAGCGAAAAGCUAUCCUCUACGCGAACAAGCACGCAUUCCAGUCUGGAAUCUCACGUCUCGGCUGCUACGGUUACCACGACAAUACAGCAAACUAGUUCGAGUUUCUUCAUAGCUAACGACACAAAACCUUCGUACGUUAACUCCGGUGGAUCAAGAGAUCCCUCAUCUUCGGCUGUUACUACCACAACAUCAAAUGGAACAAAGAGCAACAGCAACCACCAUUACAAGGGGUUUGAAACCACCUUCGGGUACAAUAACCAGGCCAUCCAUACAAGCACAAAUCACCAUAGCAAUAGUAGCACUAACAAUAGUAACCUAGUUAAGAACUCACUGAAUGCACUUUGUAAUGAAGUCAUUACGAACAACGGCAUUUUAACAAGCACCAAUAGCAGUAAUCUUUUAAAGAUAGAAUCGGAAAUAUCCAAUGCAAGUAACGAUGGGGACUUUUGUCCUCGGAACGAUCAGCUCACAGCUUUAAACGGAACCCUUUUAAACUUCAAACUGAACUCGGAAACACAACCGGACAUGCCCGAGUUCAAUAAAUACAACAAAAACAUAAACAAGCCAGACAACACUCCGAUGAACAAUAGCAAAGCUUUGCCAUCAACGCCUCCAGUACAACCGACUAAUUUUUUCUACAAAAACGUCCUCAAAAACAUCCAGCACGACGCUAAAAACAUCUGCGGUGAUCUCGCCACCGACAAAGAUCUAACCGGAUCCAUAGGAAGUAACCUACAGCACAACGAUCAUCUCUCGAACCUGCGACGUUCGAAUUCGGAAAUUAAGAAACUCAACUCUAAUCUAGAUCUGAAGAAUCAAUCCUGCCCGCCGGAAAAGAUUAGCGGUUUGAUCGUCAUGAAGAAGAGUCUCUCCGUGUCUAGCGAACCGAACCUGACCAACCAGAUGCAGGAAACGAACAAGAUUACAAUCUUGGUCAAAGAUACCGACAAACCGAACAAUGCCGAUCGACGAUUUUCCUUCCAAAACAAGGACGACCAGAUGAUCGAGGAAAUGUACGACUUUCCCAGUCUUACCGAUUUGAGCUUCAACUUUACAUCGCUGGCGGCUCAGAAGAUUCUGCAAGGGGACGCCAGUCUGAACAGCAUCGACACGCUGGUCGAACUGAACAUCAACCAGGAGAAACAACAGACAAUAAUGAAACUGAAGAACGAUGCAAGGAUUCUGGGUCAGCAGUCGCAGGACACCGGCAAGGUCGUGACUGACUUCGGAAUGGUGUAAUGAGGACGUGGCAACGUAUGACAAAUCCUCUUGAAUGUACAUUAAACCAAGUAUAAGUGCCAAUAUUUUAAUAAAAGAAAGAAGUAUGUGACUAUAAAUAUUUACUUAGAUUUAUACAUGCUAUUAUAUAGUUAAAUCCGUUAAUUAAUUGUACCAUACAUAUUCCAUUAUUCAAACAUAACCAAUUACUUAAUAUGUACUACGACAAAAUUCGACGAUAUUUUUUGGAGGAUUGAGGAAUCAACUACGAAACAACGAAAUAUAAUCAACGUAAACCUGCCACUUCGUGGUAGAUGCCUGUAUUCAGUAUACUAGAAGACAAAUAGCAGCACACAUUCGAGAAAUUUCGUAUUCAGAUUUUUUUCUAUCGAAAAUGCAUGUAAAUUGAAAUACAGUGAAUAAAACUAUCAUAUUUCAAAAAUAA